UGUAUCGGAAUCGGUAACAAGAUCUCUCUGAGUUGUCCGAAAACAACAGCAAUUUUUUUUGCAUUGAAAAAAUGUUAAGGACAGACUGGUAGCACCUGUCGAAGUAGCGGGGAAUUCACGUUCACCGAGGGCUGAUUUUUUUAAAUUUUUUCAUUUACUCAUUGACCUUCUAAAUAUUAAAAAAUUGUCGAGGUAAAUUACCCCAUUUUAUUCCAUCCCAUCGUGACGGAAAAAUCAAUGAGUAUCAGGUCUAUUUGGGGUUUCCAAUUUGUCACGCGUACGCGCUGAUUAAUAUUCAGUGUUCAAUUAAUCUUGGAUUGAUUUAUCGAUUACUCAUCAUCGUUAAUUUCACGCGAGGCACUUUCAGCGAUAGGCACGAAAAUGAAGUUGGUUAAUUCGCCGCGUGCCAGUUGCCCCACAUGAAUUCCCUCCAAAGUUAGGAUUGCACUCGUUACCAGGUGUAUCACAACACGAGCACAAUCACCGCAGGCUUGUAUACGAACAGUGGUAGAGUGUCUCUGAUUGUCUCGAUAUGGAACUGCUCGUUCCAACGGUCUCCGACAUUGUCUUCAAGUACUCAUGGCCGAUAAAAAAUUACAAGAAAACUAUUGUCAAGAAGACGUCCAUUGACAGUCCGCCAUUCGAGUUGAAUGUCAAUGGAAUACGGAGUACCUGGAGUCUCUCGAUCAGGUUCUGGAAGGGGCCAGAAGGGAAGAGAAUUACAAAUCCAGUGGUGUUAUGCCUGAACAUGCUCAGUUGUUCCAUUGAAGAAGUGGAACAGGCUAAGAUACGAUUUCAGUUCGCUGUUUUCAAUGCAAAUAUCAAUCACUGGGAGUACUGCCAAGUCAGCAGAACAAUUCUUGAGCUUAAAACAACAUCGGAUAUUAUUUCACUGGGGUACAGAGACCUCUCCAUUGUCGAUCGCCAUUACAAGAAGACUGGGGAGGUCUCGGUCAUGGUGAAAAUACAAAUUAUUCAGUGUGAAAUUGAGAAGAACAGUCUGGCGCAGGACAUGGCGAGGCUACUGAAGCACCCCAAGUCCGCAGAUACCAAGCUUAUUUGCGGUGGGAACACAGCACACACGGAAAUUCCAGUGCACGCAAGCGUUAUUGCAGCGAGAAGUGACAUACUAGCAAAUAUGAUUGCACCAAUGGUAGAAAAUGACAACGAGCCAAGCUCCAACCAAGUACAGAGGGACAACAAAAAGAAUGAGACGAAUAUGCCCUAUCAAUACACCCUGGACUUGACAGAUCUCUCGCAUGAGUUAGCUGGGGAGUUAUUGAGAUACAUUUACACCGAUCACUUGGAUAAUUUAGAUACUCUUGCCAGUCAACUUCUGUCUGUCGCUGAAAGGUUUCGUCUGAAGGGUCUGAAAGAGCUGUGUGAGAGAAAUCUCAUCGAAACACUGACACCAGAGAACGUGGCGUCACUUCUUCUCAUGGCUGACGAGUUCAAUUGUGACGCCCUGAAACGAGCUGGAUUGACUUAUUGCGAGGAGAAUGCCAUGAACAUUAACAAGAGCUUCGCCUGGAAGAUCAUGGAGCAGGUGAACCCUGAGUUGUUUCAUGAGGCAUGCGAAGCUGGCAUUGGGGGAUCCCAGUCCAGUAAUAUGGAUGACAGUGAACUGAGCAAUUGAUGAGACAUUAUUUUUCCAUUUAUAUUUGUGUUAAUUAUAUUGACCCAGAAUAAAAUUGAUAGAACUGA